AUGGCUGCCCAAGCCCUGACACCAGACCAGAAGAAGGAACUGACGGAGAUUGUUCAGCAGCUGAUCGCUCCAGGCAAGGGAAUCCUGGUCUUAGAUGAGUCCUUCUGUACUAUGAAUAAGCGGUUUGCGUGUCUCGGCAUUGACAACACGGAAGAGAACAGGCGCCUCUUUCGACAGCUGUUUGUGACCGCAGAUGAUGAAAUACGCAACUACAUCGGAGGUAUCAUCCUUUCCCAUGAGACAUUCUAUCAAAAGUGUGACGAUGGCCGGCCCUUCCCAGAGGUCAUCAAGGCCAAGGAUGCUGCUGUGGGCAUCAAGGUGGACAGGGGUGUCGUGCCCCUGGCAGGGACCAAUAAUGAAACAACCACCCAAGGGCUGGAUGGCCUUGCUGAGCGCUGUGCUCAGUACAAGAAGGACGGAGCUGACUUUGCCAAGUGGCGCUGCGUACUGAAGAUAGGGGAGAACACACCCUCUCCUCUUGCCAUUUGGGAAAAUGCCAAUGUUCUGGGUCGGUAUGCCAGUGUUUGCCAACAGAAUGGCUUGGUCCCCCUCAUUGUACCAGACAUCCUCUCUGAUGGAAACCAUAACCUAAAACAAUCUCAGUUUAUCACGGAGAAGGUUCUGGCUUCUGUAUUCAAGUCUCUGAAUGACCACCAUGUUUUCCUCGAAGGCACUGUGCUUCAACCCAACAUGGUCAUUGCAGGCCACGACUGUUCCCAGAAGCACAACCCUGAUGAAAUCGCAGUGGCUACAAUAACAGCUCUGCGCAAUACUGUGCCCCCUGCAGUACCUGCUGUGGCCUUCAUGUCUGGGGGCCAGAGUGAGGAGGAUUCCACUAUGCUCCUCAAUGGAGUCAACAAAUGUUCCCUGCCCAAGUCAUGGACCCUGACUUUUUCUUAUGGACGACCCCUACAGACAUCUGCUGCCAGGCUCUGGGGAGGGAGGGAAUGCAGUGUCAAGAUGGCCCAGCAAGAGUACCUCAAACGGGCCAAGGCCAUCAGCCAGGCCAGUGAAGGCAAGUAUUGCCCAGCCAGCAAUGUAAGGGGAAUGUCACACACCAGUGAGUCACUCUUCAUCUCAGUCUACAUCUCCAACAGUCCCAAAAUGAAUCCCUAA